GCGUAAUCAAUCAGGCUACAAGGCAAUAAGGCACCAAGGAGCAAGGCAAAUAUAUCAGGUGACUCGGCAGUUCCUGGCUGCCGAGAUUCCUGCCUGAACUCACAGGCUGCACAGCAUAUUCCCAGCUGAUUUCUUACAAAGCACACCUUUCUUCCAUUAUUGAGCUCCUCUUGCCAGUUGAAUCUGUCUGGAGAACAUCCCAUCUGCAUACCAUGACAUGAUGGAGUAUGAACUAACCCCAACCCCAGUGGCUACCAGUGGCUCCCCGCCAACUGUGUCUGGGGAAUGAAGACCCGAACUUAAAGAUAUACCCGAUGACUUCACCCGGCGGCCAUCGGCUGUGUGGUCGGCAGUCAGUCGGAACGCCCUCGUUAUAAUAAUUAUUAUCGCGGGUCACCCCGCCAUCUGCCCCUCAUUGUUGAUCCGGUCUCUCAUAUUCCUUUCCUAUUGCUUCAUUUCUCUCGAUUUCGGCAGUAUCUUCACUCAACAUCAAAAUGGCGACCCCCGGCCUUCUCUGGGUGACGAUGAACCCUCGUCCCUCCCUCCCCGCCGCUCAAUUCCACGACUGGUACAACACCGAACACGGCCCUCUGCGCCUGCGUCUGCCCUUCUGCACCAAUGGCUUCCGCUAUCGCGCGACCGACGGCGAGGAGCCCGAGUGGGUGGCCCUCUACGAUAUCAUCGACAUGGUGGAGUUGACGCGCGAGACCUACCUCGCCCUGCGCGGCGACACUAUCAAGACCCCCCGGGAAAAGGCUACCAUGGCCCAGAUUGACGUCGAUCGCCGGCUCUACGAUACCGUUCUCGAGCAAAAGGCGGCUGAUUACAAACCCCUCGAGCUUACCCCCGAUACCGAGGCUGCCGGCUCCGCCCUCAUCGCCGUCUCCCUCUCCCUCUCCUCCGCCGACGCCGCUAAAGAGGACGACUUCACCCGCUGGUACCGCGAAGAGCACAUCCCCAUGCUGUCCCGCGUGCCCGGUUGGCGUUCCUCCCGCCUCUUCGUCACCUCCACCAUCGACCCUAAAGCCCCUCGCGAAUACUUGGCCGUGCACGAGUACGCUGCUCAGAAUGGUCUGGGCGGUCCCGAAUACAAGGCUGCGACAGACACCCCCUGGCGCACCCGCAUUAUGACCGACGUCGUGGCUAAGGCCCGCCGUCGCACUUAUCAGUGGGCCUACACCUUCGGACCCGCUCCCCGCGAGCUGUCAUCCCUGACCUCUGCGGAUUGCAUCGGUCCCUGGUCGUCUAUCGACGGCAAAACCCGCACCCUGCCUUCUCCCACCCGCCCGGCCGUCGAGUCCUUUGUCACCACCCCUGACGGCGUCGAGCUCCCCUACCGUUUGGAGGGCAGCACAGACCCCCACAGCCCGGUCAUCGUGCUCAGCAACUCCAUCCUGGUGGACUACACUAUCUGGGAUGACUUCGUCGACCAGUUCCUCUCUGACCCUCGCAACCAGAACUUCCGCAUUGUCCGCUACUGCACCCGUGGCCGCCAGCAAGAAUGCGGCGAUAAGCCCGUCAACAUUGAUCUCCUGGCCUCGGACAUCAUCGCACUGCUGGACGCUCUGCGCGUUCCCAAGGCCACCCUUAUCGGUGUCAGUCUGGGUGGUGUAACGGUGCUGAACACCUCCCUGCUGUACCCGGAGCGCGUGGAGCGCUUCAUCUCCUGCGACACCAACAGCUCCAGCCCCGAGACGAACCGGAAGGCGUGGAACGAGCGCGUCGAGCUGGCAGCCAGCGAGGGUGCUGUGUCAGCUACCACGCAGCAGGCGAUUGUCGGAGAGCAACUGGCCGAGAUUACCGUGCGGCGGUGGUUCACGGCCGAGUCGUAUGAGACUCAGCCCCACCUGCCCGCCAAGGCGAAGGAGCUGGUGCGGACGAACAGUCUGCCCGGGUUCAGACAGAGCGUGCAGGCACUGUGUGCGUAUGAUGUGCGGGACCGGAUGGCGCAGGCGCAGGUGCCGGGCCUGUUUGUGGCGGGUGAGAGUGACGGUGUGCUGCCGAAGACGAUGCAGCAGAUGGUGGCGGAUCUGAAGAGCGAUUCCGAGUUGAAGUUGGUGCCGAAGGCGGGUCAUUUACCGAUGCUGGAGAACGCGGCGGCGUUCACGGCGGUGGUGAAUGAGUACCUGCACUAGGUGGAUACCAGCUGUUAUGUAGACGAGCUGUUGUUGUUAUGUAUAUAGUAGAAUAUGAUCAGCGUGACGAUAACGAGUGAUCCAAUAGCAG